UGCAGACUGCUUCUACAAAUAUUUGUGAAAGAAUGGGUCGCUCUCAGGACCUCAGUGAAUUCAAGUGUGGUAAUUAAGUCCAUCCGUGAAAUUUCCUUGCUACUAAAUAUUCCAUGGUCAACUGUUAGUGGUAUUAUAACAAAGUGGAAGCAACUGGGAACAAUAGCAACUCAGCCACAAAGUGGUAGGCCAUGUAAAAUGACAGAACGGGGUCAACUGUCUGCAGAGUCAAUAGCUAAAAACCUCCAAACUUCAUGUGGCCUUCAGAUUAGCACAACAACAGAGAGAGCGUAGAGAACUUCAUGGAAUGGAUUUUCAUGGCCGAGCAGCUGCAUCCAAGCCUUACAUCACCAAGUGCAAUGCAAAGCUUCAGAUGCAGUGGUGUAAAGUAGCGGCAUGCCACUGGACUCUAG